AUGGAGGAGGAGGAAAAGCCCUCGAGAUCCUGCAGGAGGAGGAGCUGCAAACCCAGCCCAGGGAGCUGCGGGGAGGAAAGAGCCCCCCUGAGCCAGGAAGGCGGGCGGAGAUCCAGCCGGAGCUCAGAGCUGGUGGAGAAGCCUCAUGGCAGGGAGAAGCCCCACAAGUGCUUGGAAUGUGGGAAGGGUUUCAGUCGGAGCGACCACCUGAUCCAGCACCAGACUAUCCACACUGGGGAGAGGCCCUAUGAGUGUCCCCAGUGUGGGAAGAGGUUUGGGUGGAGCUCAGACCUGAGAAGACACCAGCGCAUCCACACUGGGGAGAGGCCCUACGAGUGUGGGAAGUGUGGGAAGGGUUUCAGACACAAGUCUGGCCUGAUGGCGCACCAGGUGAUCCACACUGGGGAACGGCCCUAUGAGUGCUUGGAAUGUGGGAAGAGCUUUGGGCAGAGCUCACACCUGAGAACACACCAGCGCAUCCACACCAGGGAGAGGCCCUACGAGUGUCCCCAGUGUGGGAAGAGGUUUCGGACCAGCUCCCAUCUCCACAGACAUGAGCGGAUUCACACAGAGGAGAGGCCCUUCCGCUGCCCCGACUGCGGGAAGGGCUUCAACCGCAACUCACACCUCACUGUGCAUCGGCGCAUCCACACUGGGGAGAGG